AUGCUCUCGAUCCAGACAGCAUCUGAGAGCUCCAACCUGGAAGCUUCCCCAUCACCGCACUGUCUAGGAGGCUGGAGCCAAGCAGAGGUCGCAAAGAACCUCCCCUCGAGGGAUCUAUUGGCUACUUACGCGAUCAUUGCUGUUCAUCGACGAAGCCAUGACUUGGCAUCUCCCGCCCGCAUCCAGUACGCCAUGACUUUAGCCAGUCGAACCUCCAAGCUGCCCUUCCGGACGGUGCUGCGCUUCUUCGUCCUACCCCUUUUCCUCGCCGCCCUCCUCUCCGUCAUCGCCUACACUUACUCAACGGCCGGCCUCCCCUCCAGAGUUGGUUCCCUGCUCCCUCCGCUCCCGCACAUCGACAUCCCCAAUCCCCUCGCCGCCAAGCCCUCCGAGACGCCGAGGAAUACCCACGCGCCCCCGAAGCACAAGCCCACGCCGACAUGGUUGCCACCAGCCGCGACGGACCCUUUCCCCCUCCUAGCCUCCUCGACGGCCUCGCCGCCCCCGAUCCCGAAACAUAAUGCGCCCCGGGCCAACAUGCACGCAGAGUACGGUCUCAGCCACAUGCCGCCCCUCUUCAUCGGCUUCACGCGCCAGUGGCCCAUCCUCCUGCAGGCCGUUGUCGCGUACAUCACCGCCGGCUGGCCGCCCGAGUCCAUCGUUGUGGUUGAGAACACGGGCGUCCAGGGCGCCAACGCGGCCGGCCGGCUCUCGCUGCAGAACCCCUUCUUCCUCAACCACACCACGCUGGCUCGCCUGGGCGUCAGCGUCGUCCGCACGCCGGCGCUCCUGACCUUUGCCCAGAUGCAGAACUUCUUCCUGCACACGGCGCACGAGCGGUCCUGGCCGUACUACUUCUACAGCCACCAGGAUGUGCUUGUCUUCUCCUUUGAGGACGGCGCGGACACGGCGCACCGGCCCGGGGAUCGGCCCUGGGAAUUUUACGACGCGUCGGACGAGGCCGAUACGAUGCGGCCACCAGCGGCGGGGCAGCCUGGGUACAGGACUAUAUACGAGAAUUGCCUUCGGGAGCUCAACAGGACCGUUGCUAGUGAUACGCGCUGGGCGUUUCGGUGGUUUCAGUACGAUCACUUGGCGCUGGGUGGGCAUCAUCAACGACAUUGCGAGCACGCUGGGGGAUCUAUCGGCGCUCUACGUGACCCUGCGGUCACCCCAAAGUUUGUGGACCCGAAUCCAUUCGAGGUCGAGGAGAAGGCCGAGGGAAAACGUGCAGGGCCUCGAGCGCCUACAGAGCCGUUACAGCAAGCCGGUACUGGUGGCGCGAGCAUCAACUUGACAGACCGGGCCGAAUACUUCCGCGCUCUCGUCAAGGUAGGCGACGCGAUGGGGGAGCACAAGUAUGGCAACCGCGGACGCAACACAUGGCAGGCCAGCCAGCAUGGUGGAUUUGGAGAUCCGUACUUCUACUACCCGGAGGGCUUCGCCAGUGCCUUUGACGUGUUGACCGAGGCUGGAAAGGAAGUUUAUCGCCGAAAAUGGGGCCACCGUGACUGUGACAUUGUCGAGGGUACGGCAUUGAAGCUCUGGGAUCAGUGGCAGGUUGAGAGAGAUUGGGAAGAAUAA